AUGCCUAUUGGUGUUCCAAAAGUGCCUUUUCGAAGUCCUGGAGAGGAAGAUGCAUCUUGGGUUGACGUAUACAACCGACUUUAUCGAGAAAGAUUGCUUUUUUUAGGCCAAGAGGUUGAUAGCGAAAUCUCAAAUCAACUUAUUGGUCUUAUGGUAUAUCUCAGUAUAGAGAGUGAUACCAAAGAUCUUUAUUUGUUUAUAAACUCUCCUGGCGGAUGGGUAAUACCUGGAGUGGCUAUUUAUGAUACUAUGCAAUUUGUGCAACCAGAUGUACAGACAAUAUGCAUGGGAUUGGCUGCUUCAAUGGGAUCUUUUAUCCUAGUCGGAGGAGAAAUUACUAAACGUCUAGCAUUCCCUCACGCUAGGGUAAUGAUCCAUCAACCCGCUAGUUCUUUUUAUGAGGCACAAGUGGGAGAAUUUAUCCUGGAAGCGGAAGAACUACUGAAACUUCGCGAAACCCUCACAAGGGUUUAUGUACAAAGAACGGGCAAGCCCUUAUGGGUUGUAUCUGAAGACAUGGAAAGGGAUGUUUUUAUGUCAGCAACAGAAGCCCAAGCUUAUGGAAUUGUUGAUCUUGUAGCGGUUCAAUAA